UUAUAUGUAUGCCCUAAAUCUUCUCUCACCCAUAGAGCUUUAACAAGUAUUCUUCAUAAUGAUGCAAAAGAUUGUGAUAAAGAUGCAGCCAAAGUGUGGGAGAUGCCGAACAAAAGCCAUGAUGAUAGCUGCAAAAGCAUCAGGUAGUUGUGUCAGUUCAGUGGAGCUACAAGGGGAGAACAAGAACCAGAUGGUGGUGAUUGGAGAUGGCAUAGAUGCAGCUGCAUUGACAAGCUCGGUGAGGAAAAAGAUCAAGAAUGCGUCAUUGGAAAUGGUUCAGCAGAUGUAGUUUCUCUUUUGCGGCUAGAAAACCCUGUAAUUGCUUAAUUACUUAGUUACAAGAAUCAUAGAUUGUGUCGGUUUGAUUACAAUAUUUACAUCAAUAUAUAACA